AUGCCUCGUCUCAAAAAUACCAGCUCUAAGAAUAGAAAAGCCAGUAAGUCCAAAAAACUUGUGCAAUCAGUUUUGAGAAUCGGUAAGCAGCCAGAAUCAUUGAUACGGUGCCCAGAGUGUUCCUUGACAUACUCGUUAGAUGCAGCUAGGGAUGUCGCUACACAUGAAAAUUACCACGAUCUUCACUUGCGUGGUAGGAAAUGGCCCUCUCAAUGGGGUCAAGUGGUAGCCCAUUUUCCUUCUAUGUUACAGUCAUCUACGCCGAGCUCAAUAAUUAACGUUUCGGCUUCAAGAUUACGCAGUGGUGCUCAAAGAUCGUCGUCUGAUAUUCUUGGAACAGAGCAGAUAAUAGUAAUUUGUCCGGAAAAUAAGCACGAGGUGCGAGCGACGUUGGAAAUCUUGAAAAUUGUCAACGAUGAAUUGAGAGCUCCUCAUGAUGAGAAUUCGUUUUGGAGCGGAAUCAGUGGUCCCGGCAGAAUUGAAAAUGAAUGCAGAAAGGCACCUAACGGUAAAGCUUUCGUCUACGUUAAAAAUAGUAGGGCUGUUGGGGUCAUAACAGCGGAAUAUCUAGACGUGGGUGACAAGAGGGGACGUUGGAUGGUGUUGGAUACUUCGCAGAUCGUCUCACAAGUUUCACCUGACGUGAGACUGGGAAUUUCACGCAUUUGGGUAUGCAGAAAACAGAGAGGACUUGGUAUAGCAACUAGAUUACUUGAGGCUGCGAGAUUGCAUUCUAUCUUAGGCACUGAGUUAGCGAAAUGGCAGAUGGCUUGGAGUCAGCCUAGCGAGAGUGGAGCAAAGCUUGCAAAAACGUAUAACAGCGUUUUGCAUCAGAAAAGUGGAAAAUUGAUAAUACCAUGCUACAUUUAA